GUGAACUAGAAUGGGGGAUGGGCCUGUGACAGGAGGUACCCUGGGUGUCCUCUUUCGGCCCCAUGGAGUCCUCGCCCAUCCCUCAGUCAUCGGGGAACUCUUCCACUUUGGGGAGGAUCCCUCAAACUCCAGGUCCCUCUACUGCCAGUGGGGUCCCAGAGGUGGGACUGAGGGAUGUAGCUUCAGAAUCUGUGGCCCUCUUCUUCAUGCUCCUUCUGGACUUGACUGCUGUGGCUGGCAAUGCUGCCGUGAUGGCCGUUAUUGCCAAGACACCUGCCCUCCGAAAAUUUGUAUUUGUCUUCCACCUCUGCCUGGUGGACCUGCUGGCUGCCCUGACCCUCAUGCCCCUGGCCAUGCUCUCCAGCUCCGCCCUCUUUGACCAUGCCCUCUUCGGGGAGGUGGCCUGCCGCCUCUAUUUGUUCCUGAGUGUAUGCUUUGUCAGCCUGGCCAUCCUCUCUGUGUCCGCCAUCAAUGUGGAGCGCUACUAUUAUGUGGUCCACCCCAUGCGCUAUGAGGUGCGCAUGACACUGGGGCUUGUGGCCUCAGUGUUGGUGGGUGUAUGGGUGAAGGCCCUGGCCAUGGCUUCUGUGCCAGUGUUGGGAAGGGUCUCCUGGGAAGAAGGAGGUCCCAAUGUACCCCCAGGCUGUUCACUCCAAUGGAGCCACAGUGCCUACUGCCAGCUUUUUGUGGUGGUCUUUGCUGUCCUUUACUUCUUGUUGCCCCUGCUCCUCAUCCUUGUGGUCUACUGCAGCAUGUUCCGAGUGGCUCGUGUGGCUGCGAUGCAGCAUGGGCCACUGCCCACGUGGAUGGAGACACCCCGGCAACGCUCCGAGUCUCUCAGCAGCCGCUCCACUAUGGUCACCAGCUCGGGGGCACCCCAGACCACUCCACACCGGACGUUUGGGGGAGGGAAAGCAGCAGUGGUCCUCCUGGCUGUGGGGGGUCAGUUCCUGCUCUGUUGGUUGCCCUACUUCUCUUUCCACCUCUACGUUGCCCUGAGUGCUCAGCCUAUUUCAACCGGGCAGGUGGAGAGUGUGGUGACCUGGAUUGGCUACUUUUGCUUCACUUCCAACCCUUUCUUCUAUGGGUGUCUCAACCGGCAGAUCCGGGGGGAGCUCAGCAAGCAGUUUGUCUGCUUCUUCAAGCCAGCUCCAGAGGAGGAGCUGAGGCUGCCUAGCCGGGAGGGCUCCAUUGAGGAGAACUUCCUGCAGUUCCUUCAGGGGACAGGCUGUCCCUCUGAGAACUGGGUUUCCCGGCCCCCACCCAGCCCUAAGCAGGAUCCACCUGCUGUUGACUUCCGAAUCCCAGGCCAGAUAGCUGAGGAGACCUCUGAGUUUCUGGAGCAGCAACUCACUAGUGAUAUCAUCAUGUCGGACAACUACCUCCACCCUGCCCCCUCACCCCGGCUGGAGUCAUGAUGGGACGCUGGACACUUGGAGGGAGAUGGGGCUGGAGGCCAGUUGUGAUUGCAAAGACUGCCUUGUGGGACCACCUUUUUCCCAGCUGGGCUGCGACUGGGGUCUCCGCACAGUUUUUGCUUAGUGUUUCCUGGGUCGAAACCAGAGCCAACAAGAGGGAUAUGUGGCAAAAGUCAUGGACUUGGCUGUGAUCUUUGACUACUGGGGGAGGGAACCUGGGUAUGGUGAGACAAUGACGAGAGAAAAGGGUCACAAAGGACUGGCCUCCCUGAUCUCUCUCCUCAUGGCAGUGACCCACCUCCAGCCCCCUGGACAAUCGGGUACAAGAGACUAAGGUUGGGCAUGGGAAGGGUGGGGUUUCCAUGGUCCAUUAAAUGCUUCCCUACUCUCAUUCAUCGCUCUCAA